GCUCCCCAGUCUGCUCUGUGGAUCUGUCAGUUGCAGAAAAACCACUCAGGUAGCGGGACGUUGAACGCAUCUGGACACGGUCGAACCAGACCCGACCCGCUCAGUUUCUCCAGAACCUUCCCACUGAAAACUGCUUUUCAACAGUUGUGGAAUAACCCUCCUCGUUGUCUGAACUUGUUUGAGUUUAAAAACGGUUCAGGGUCCACUUCUCAGUCUCUGCCAUGAUGCCCGGGAUGGCUAGCUAUCGUUAGCUAUCAGAGAGCCUGUGCUCGUUGUUUCAGCCGUGUGUGAGCUUCACUAACCCGGAUCAAACAUGGAGAAGAGUAGCCGCUUUAUGGAGCUGUUCCAGUACCUCCAGGACCCUCAUCUUGUCGCUCGCUUCCAGGAGGUUUGUGGGGUACACGGGACUUUCUCUAGAAGCAGGGAACCGGACCGGACUCACUCGCACAAUAACGGGGCUUGCCAUCAUCACAUCCCCGGGGGGAGUGAGAGUGAAGACCCGGCCGACAUGGGAGCUGGAGAAGGGGAGAAAGUGACAGGAGGAGAUGUCCGGAAGAGGAUUACUGGGUCUAGUGCUGUCCAGAACGGGGCAGCCGUGUCUGCAUCCACGGCCGGGGGAGAGACUGUUGCAGUGGGGGGUCAGACCGGGCCGGACUCAGGUACCCCAGCGACCAGCACUGUGAAACCCCUCCGCAAGAACUCUCUUACAGGCGACGCAGGUCAGGAGUUCCUGAUAGAAAACCGGUUCUUGUACUACAUGUUCACUUUCGGAACCGAGCUGGGCAACGAGCUCUUCUAUAUCACCUUCUUCCCCUUCAUCAUGUGGAACAUGGACGCCUUUGUAAGCAGGAGGCUCAUCAUGGUGUGGGUCUGGGUCAUGUACCUGGGUCAGUGCACUAAGGAUGUGAUGGGGUGGUCUCGGCCCGCUUCCCCUCCUGUAGUCAAAGUGGAGAUGUUUUAUAACUCGGAGUACAGCAUGCCGUCCACACACGCCAUGUCGGGCACUGCCAUCCCCUUCUCCCUCUUCUUCCUGACCUACGGCCGCUGGGAGUAUCCAUUUCCACUGGGCUUCACUUUAGCUCUCUGCUGGUGUCUUCUGGUGUGCGUCAGCCGAAUCUACAUGGGAAUGCACUCUGUCCUGGACGUCAUAGUCGGCUUCCUGUACAGCGCCCUCAUCCUCCUCUUCUUCCUGCCUGCACUGGACACCAUAGACGGCUUCAACCUGACCUGCCGCUACGCCCCGCUCAUCAUCAUCUCCCUCCACCUGGGCCUGGGCCUCUUCUCGUUCACCCUGGACACCUGGAGCACCUCGAGGGGCGACACCGCUCAGAUCCUGGGCACGGGCGCCGGCGUGGCUCUGGCCUCGCACGUCAACCACCUCCUGGGCCUGAUGCCCGACCCGACACCGGACCAGCUCCCCUUCACCAUGCCCGCUCUCAGCGCCGGGCUGGUGGGCGCAGCCUUGGUGCGGCUCUUUCUGGGCGUGUUGGUUCUGGUGGCGUCGCGGGCGCUGAUGAAGGCGAUCACCAUCCCGCUGGUGUGCCGUUUGUUCAGGGUGCCGUGCGAUGACGUUAGGAAAGCCAGACAGCACAUGGAGGUGGAGCUGCCCUACCGCUACAUCGUGUAUGGCACAGUCGGCUUCAACGUGCUCUUCCUGGUCCCGCUGCUCUUCAGCUACACGCGGCUCUCCUGUUCACUGUAACUCACCUCCUGAUCAUCUGUUUUCAGAUCAGAAUCCUGUUCCUCAGCUCCCUGAGUGUGAACUAAAGUGAAUUAAAGCCUAAACUUUCAUCUGG